AAAGAAUUACCUCUGCAUAUGAACAGGGAUUUACAACGGACUAUUACGAGUGGAGAGGGGACAGAGUGGGAAGUAGCAUGUUCAGCUCUGGCCCAGAGGCUAGGUGAGGAGUUGAGGGCUGCCAAGUCUGCACAGUUAUCCUGUGGUGAGGUGUUGCUGCCACGAGAGUUGCUGCCUACAGUCGCCAGCCAGAUACUGGCCCAGUCCGUCUGCGAGCCCUGUGGUCUUAGGGGCUGCACCUUGGACAUCCAGCUAGAGACAGAGGAAGGCAGUCAGGUGAAGAUCAGCAGCAUCAAGUGGGACCCUCAGAUGAGCUCCACCUUCCUGCUGAGUCUAACGCUUAGGCAAGAAAAGAAACGCAAAGGGCGGCUGUCACAGCUGCUGAAGUUUUUGACCAAGAAACGAACUCAUAAUCACAAUCAACGCCACAUUCUCAGCAAAGACUUUCAUCUACUGAAGACAAGACUUUACCGAUCCCUUGACAAAACAAGGUGAUAUCGAGAACCUCUCAACGACAACAUAGACUACUGGUCUCAAACACAAGUCUGAAGGUUAACCUUUUCCAAGUU